CAUUGACCUCUUUCGCGCCUUCGAAAGAAGCUGACCCAAAUGCAAUCAGCACACUUCGCGUCCUGCUUCAGCUUCAACCAUGUCCUGCAUCAACACUAGUUUCGCUUCCAUUACACCAACCUCUGUUCCUUCGUCUACGCUUAGAGGAUCACGGUUCGCUUUUUCCUCCAAAUCCAGGUCCCCAAUUCUCUGCUCUCUGAGAGGGACAAUUGCUGAACCAAAAGAAACAUCUGCUGCCGAACCGCUAUUGCUUAAUGCUGUUCGCGGGAUAGAUGUUGAAAGACCACCGGUUUGGCUCAUGAGGCAAGCUGGGAGGUACAUGAAGAGUUACCAAAUUAUCUGUGAGAAGUACCCUUCAUUUCGUGAAAGAUCAGAAAAUGUUGAUCUUGUUGUAGAAAUUUCACUACAACCAUGGAAUGUUUUCAAGCCUGAUGGGGUGAUUUUAUUCUCAGACAUUCUUACCCCGCUUCCUGGAAUGAAUAUACCCUUUGAUAUUGUGAAGGGUAAGGGUCCUGUCAUAUUUGAUCCUAUUCACACAGCUGCCCAGGUUGAUCAAUUGAGAGACUUUGUUCCUGAAGAGUCAGUUCCUUAUGUUGGAGAGGCACUCAAAAUUUUGAGGAAAGAGGUUGAUAACAAAGCUGCAGUCCUUGGGUUUGUUGGGGCUCCAUUCACCCUAGCCUCAUAUGUAGUUGAGGGUGGUUCUUCAAAACACUUCUCAAAAAUUAAGAGACUGGCUUUCUCAGAAUCUGAGAUCCUCCACUCAUUACUUCAAAAAUUUACAACAUCAAUGGCAAGAUACAUUCAAUACCAAGCUGACAGUGGAGCUCAAGCUGUUCAGAUUUUUGACUCAUGGGCAACAGAGCUCAGUCCAGCGGAUUUUGAAGAAUUCAGUUUGCCUUACUUGAAGCAGAUAGUAGAUACUGUGAAAAAAACCCACCCCCAACUUCCUCUAAUCCUCUAUGCAAGCGGAUCGGGUGGCUUGCUGGAGAGGCUGGCUUUGACAGGUGUUGAUGUAGUUAGCUUGGACUGGACAGUUGACAUGGCUGAUGGUAGGAAGAGAUUGGGACCAAAUAUAGCAGUUCAGGGUAAUGUUGAUCCUGGGGUUCUUUUUGGUUCAAAGGACUUCAUCACCAAGCGUAUUAAUGACACUGUGAUAAAAGCUGGCAAGGGGAAACAUAUAUUGAAUCUUGGUCAUGGCAUUAGGGUAGGUACGCCUGAGGAGAAUGUUGCUCAUUUCUUUGAGGUUGCCAAAGGAAUCAGAUACUAAGAGGCAAAUUUUGAUUAUUGUUAUUUUUUUAAACUUUGUGUUUUCUUGUGUCAUUCUUCUUGUAGGAAGGAAACUACUAGGUAAGGGUUUAUUCUUUGAAAUCCGCGAGCUCAUUGAUCAAUCUGGUUGUAUUUUUAGUAUUAGAAUUAAUGAAAGAGAAGAAAAAUUCUUGAGGCCUA